CCAUAAUAAAGGUGCAUACACACAUGAACUUCAAAGAAACAGAAGAAGAAGAAGAAGAAGAAGAGCUGAAACCUAUCCUGGUCCCUGCCUUCCUGCCUGUCUGGCUUCUAACUUUUAUAAUUUUUAUUUUUGAUACACUGCAUUUCAGUGUAUCAAAAAAUCAUGGCGGCGUUAGAGUCUCCGGAGAAUCAUAUAAAGGCAACUGCAACAUCAACGGCAACAACAUCAUCAUCGACGACGUCGGAUCUUAACUUCUCCGUUCGACGGAGGUCUACUACUGUCACGGAUUCGCCUUCGACGGAGAUGAUGGAAUCGGAGGAUUUGAAAAGUAAUGGUAAAGAAUGCGAUAAGGUUACGAAUGAGAAUCGAUCGGAUAUUAAAUUCAAUUAUCGGCCUUCAAUGCCUGCUCAUCGUGGUGUUAGAGAGAGUCCUCUUAGUUCUGAUGCUAUUUUUAAACAAAGUCAUGCAGGUCUCUUCAAUCUCUGUAUAGUUGUGCUUGUGGCUAUAAACAGCAGGCUUAUCAUUGAAAAUAUAAUCAAGUAUGGUUGGUUAAUUAACGGUGGAUUUUGGUUUAGUUCAAAAUCAUUAAGAGACUGGCCCCUGUUUAUGUGCUGUCUUAGCCUUCCAGCAUUCCCUUUCGCGGCCUAUCUUGUUGAGAAGUUGGCAUAUCAAAAUUAUUUACCUCAACUUGUUGUUGUUUUCCUUCAUACAAUCAUCACCACAGGAUCACUUUUAUAUCCAGUUUUAGUAAUUCUCAGGUGUGAUUCUGCUUUUCUAUCUGGUGUCACGUUGAUGCUCUUUUCUUGCAUUGUGUGGCUAAAAUUGGUAUCUUAUGCUCAUACAAACUCUGAUUUGAGAGCAAUUGCCAAGUCAAUAGAUAGGGUAAGUAUAUUUGAAAAAGCUCAGCAGGAAGAUGUCCCAUCCAUUUCUCCUUAUGUGGGUAAUCCUUAUGAUACUUACUUUAAGAGUUUGGUCUACUUCAUGGUGGCUCCCACAUUAUGUUACCAGUCAAGCUAUCCUCGCACUGAAUCUGUUCGAAAGGGAUGGGUGGUUCAACAAUUUGUCAAGUUAAUAAUAUUUACUGGAUUCAUGGGAUUUAUCAUAGAACAAUAUAUCAAUCCUAUUGUUAAGAAUUCACAGCACCCUUUUAAAGGAAAUCUCUUGUAUGCCAUUGAGAGGGUCUUGAAGCUCUCAGUUCCUAAUUUAUAUGUAUGGCUUUGCAUGUUCUACUGCUUUUUCCACCUGUGGUUAAAUAUACUUGCCGAGCUCCUUUGCUUUGGUGAUCGGGAGUUCUACAAGGAUUGGUGGAAUGCAAGAACUGUUGAAGAAUAUUGGAGAAUGUGGAAUAUGCCAGUUCAUAAGUGGAUGGUUCGCCAUAUCUAUUUUCCAUGCCUACGGAAUAAAAUACCGAAGGGGUUAGCUAUACUUAUUGCCUUCUUAGUUUCAGCUGUAUUUCACGAGGUAAGAUGAUUCUGACCAGAGACUGCCAGAAGUUCGUUUUCAACUGACAGUUUUAAAACCAGUUUUAUGCUUGCUCCCCCCACUCCCUAAGAGAAGAAAAGGGAAGAAGGAAAAGUAUCAUCUUUUAAGUGUGUUGAAUUAGCUAAUGGAAACAUGGCUUCCUCUUUCUCGUUUGGAUCAGGUUCCCUUAGUGGUGAUCACAAAAUUUCUCCAAAAUAAGUUCAGAAGCUCCAUGGUAUGUCCAUUUCUUCACCUCUUCAUCUCCCAAGCAGAGAGGUUAAAAUCUGGAACAUCUGAUAAAUAGCAGACUUCCAAACCCCGCUCUAUUCCAUCAUGCAAAGUGUAGUCCGCCAUGGUAGAUGGCCAUGGAGUACAAAAUCAAACCCCGAUGAGCAGCAGCCUGUUCUAGUCCAUGACAGAAUGCAAUUCUUUUCAUGACAGGUGGGAAACAUGAUCUUCUGGUUGUUUUUCAGCAUUCUUGGUCAACCAAUGUGUGUGCUUCUGUAUUACCAUGACUUGAUGAAUCGGAAGGGGAAAACUGAAUCAAGGUGACACGAGCGUGGUAGAGCUUGCCAAGAUCAACAAAAAGCAUGGUUAUGGAAGUGCUUUUUCCCAUGUGUUCUGCAGGAGAAAUGGUGUUGAGCCGUGUUAUAUCGAGAUGUCUUUUUUAUUUAUUAUUUUUGAAUGUCUUUGAUGUACACGCAAUUUUGGUAGUACAGGCACUGGGAAUUAAAAUGCCAAAGUGACACUGGUUUUUUUUUUUUUUUUUUUUUAUGUUGGUUGGUUUGGUUAGUCAUUUCUAGAAAAAUGUUAAUGGUUCCUGUUCCAUGGUUUGGCUUUUCAAAUUCAUAUCCUGUUGUGACUGCGUUCAA